AUGGCGUCAGAAAUAUUAGGCAAUGUUUCGGAGAAGGCCAAGGACCUCGUUGGAGAGAAGACGGGCAAGAUGGCGCAGCUUGCUGCCGUCACCAAGGACGUCCACGAUGACAAAUGGCGAAUCACCAGCGACUACGGUGUGAAGCAGAGCAACACAGACGGCUGGCUGAGGGUUGCCACCGAAGACCAAGAAGGCCCUACGCUCCUCGAGGAUCAGUUUGCUCGUGAGAAGAUCCACCGCUUUGACCAUGAGAGGAUUCCUGAGCGUGUCGUCCACGCGCGUGGAUCUGGUGCCUUUGGAAAAUUCACCCUUUUUGAAUCGGCCGAGGACGUCACAUCAGCAGGUGUCCUGACAGACACUUCACGCGAGACUCCAGUCUUUGUGCGAUUUUCCACAGUGCUGGGCAGCCGCGGCUCUGCAGACACCGUUCGCGAUGUGCGCGGCUUUGCCGUCAAGUUCUACACGGAUGAAGGAAACUGGGAUAUUGUGGGCAACAACAUCCCAGUCUUCUUCAUCCAAGACUCGAUGAAGUUUCCCGAUGUGAUUCACGCUGGCAAGCCGGAGCCAGACUGCGAAGUGCCUCAGGCACAAUCUGCACACAACAACUUCUGGGACUUUCAGUACAUGCACCCGGAAGCCACGCACAUGUUUAUGUGGGCCAUGUCUGACCGCACCAUUCCUCGCUCAUACCGUAUGAUGCAAGGAUUUGGUGUCAACACGUACACGCUCGUCAAUGCCAAGGGAGAGCGGCAUUUUGUCAAGUUCCACUUCACGCCUGAGCUUGGUGUGCACAGCUUCGUGUGGGAUGAGGCACUGAAGAUUGCUGGGCAGGACCCCGACUUCCAUCGCAAAGACCUGUGGAUGGCGAUUGAGAGCGGUGCGUACCCCAAGUGGAAGUUUGGUAUCCAGGUCCUCCCCGAAUCCAAGGAGCACGACUUCGACUUCGACAUCCUCGACGCUACCAAGGUGUGGCCCGAGGAGCUUGUUCCUAUCCGAUACAUUGGUCAGCUCGAGCUCAACAAGAACCCCGACGAGUUCUUUCCCCAGACUGAGCAAGUUGCGUUCUGCACUAGCCAUAUCGUCCCCGGUAUCGGCUUCAGUAACGACCCUCUUCUCCAGGGCCGCAACUUUUCUUACCAAGACACUCAGCUGUCUCGUCUCGGUGUCAACUGGGAAGAGCUGCCCAUCAACAAGCCAGUGUGCCCUGUCAUGAACUUCAACCGUGACGGUGCUAUGCGACACACGAUUACAAAGGGCAAGGUUAACUACUGGCCUAACCGGUUCCAGACUGUGCCACCGGCGACGGAGAAGGAGGGCGGUUACGUUGAAUUCCCGGAGAAGACGGCGGGCAUCAAGACGCGCAUGCAGAGCAAGAAGUUCCGGGAGCAUAAGAACCAGGCGGAGCUCUUCUACAACUCCAUGUCGGAGAACGAGAAGAUGCACAUGCGAGACGCUUUCGCGUUUGAGCUCGACCACUGCGACGACGCUGUUGUGUACGAGCGCCUCUGUCAGCGUCUGUGUGACAUUGAUCUUGGACUGGCCCAGAGCGUUGCUGAAAUGGUUGGCGGCGAGCAGCCAACCAAGCAGACGCGGCCCAAGCACAACAAGACGGCCAAGGGUCUUUCGCAGAUGGAAUACAUGCCCGAGAAGCCUACCAUUGCCACGCGCAUGGUGGCCAUUCUCAUUGCCGACGGCUACGACCAGGCUGCCUACACUGGCAUGAAGGCUGCUCUGACGGCUGCUGGCGCUCUGCCUUUUACCAUUUCCCCAAGGAGAAACAAGAUCUUUGCCGAGGGAGAGGACAGGAGCGGCUCGGGAGUGGUUGCUGACCACCAUCUUGAGGGACAGCGUUCGACAUUGUAUGACAGUAUCUUCGUUCCCGGAGGUGCCAAGUCUGUCGAAACGCUCAGCAAGAAUGGACGUGCUGUUCACUGGAUCCGUGAGGCAUUCGGCCACCUCAAGGCCAUUGGCGGUACCGGCGAGGCCGUGUCCUUCAUCAAGCAGGCUGUCGAACUGCCCGGCAUGGAGUUCUCGGCCUCGGGCGACGUGGUCAACAGCUAUGGUGUUGUUACUGCCAGCAAAGUGCACGCCGAGAGCUUCAAGGAGGUGGUGUCGAUGGCCAAGGAGGCCAAGGACUUUGCGAGCGCGUACAUGUAUGCCAUCUCGCAGCACAAGAACUUUGAGCGCGAGAGCGCGGGGUUGAGCCAGAUGGUUGCCUUUUAG